AUGAACCUGCCUGAUUCACAUCCACCAUUGGGCCAACUUCCAAUCAAAGUCCGUGUCGACCUUGAAACCGAUCUCACGGUGGAUGGAGAACAAGACCCUAAACAUUUGACGAUAUCAAGAGCCCAGGCCGAAUCUGGUGCUGGUGGUGUGCCUCCUGCUAAACGCCCACGAGUCGAUAAUAGGGACGAUGGGCCCUGGGUUGUUCGGACAGGGCAAUGGCGAUUGCAAGUGCAGAGAGGAUCUACCGGGGUAUACGAGGCUAUCUUGGUUGCUGUCAAAUUGGACAUCUAUACCAGUUCGCGGGUCCGAAACAAGUCACGGAAAUUCCUUUAG